CAGAAGUUGGCGACACCGCCUACCUUAGCCGGUUCUCAGUAGAGCUUUUUUCUCACUUUACAGUGACGUCUCCGACAUGUUUCGAUGGAGACCGAAAGUGUGCCGGGUGCACCAGAAGCCUCUCGCUCGACGUCUUCCUUGGGCGUUCGUUGGCACGCCUUCUCAGGGACGAUCGAUCGUUUCUUGUAGUUUCAAGUGUUCUGGUACUCUGUUUGUGGAGGAUCUCUUUGGCUGCCUAGUCUCGCGAUGUGGGGCGCUCUGUUGUUUUCCCAUGGACGAGUGUCUGUGAAGCUGCCUGACAAAUCGUGCAUCUCACGGAGGGACCCUUCUCUAUUGCGUCAUCGUCAUCGAGCAGCCCCGACUCGCGUUUUGGGAAACGACUCCGCCAUAUUCGGUCGGCGGCAUCGGGCCCUGGGCGCCGAAGGAAGAAAGGAAAGAAGACGCCAGUCAACACGCCAGCCCAAGUUUCGAACGCGUCGAUCACGUUUGCAUCGUACGUCGACUUCCUUCCUUCACACCCGCCUGGCAUUUUUCUCUGCUCUUCACCGCCCCCUCCUCGCUUCCGGACUCUAGGUCUCAUACUUAUCGCGACCUUCGUCGGUGGGUCCGAGUCGUACUUCGUAGCGUCUGCACCCAUGGAGUGCGCUGCCGAGCGCGAGUUUUGCUCGAACUUCAAGUGCUGCAACGUCGCGCUACCGGACAUGCACGCGCUCUUCGACCACUUCGAGCGCUUUCAUCCCAGCGGCAGGGUGCCCUCCCCCAUACCGUUCUGGGACGAUUACAGGCCUUCUGCCAGCUCCGUCGUGGACUGGCCGCUGGGGACGGAGGAGUGCGAAGACUGGGCGCCGCGCGAGGAAGACCCGCCGCUCUCGCCUGCGACGUCUGACUGCUCUUUAUCGUCCUCGGCGUCCUCAGCAUCGUCGUCGACUCUCUCGACACCAGAGCCGCAGGUACUCGCAGACGCCCUCUGCUCGAUCGCCACGGGCUGCGUCGUGCCCGCAGCCGUCCCGGCGCCCGUGCCCGUGUCGAUGUCGAUGACCACCUUCUCGCUGCUCCAACCCCGCGAGUACGUCCCGCAGACAGAGGACGUUUUCGUUGCGCCUUCCCCCUCCUCGAAAAAGAAAGUGAAGCGGGCCAAGAUGCCGAAGGGCAGGGCGAGGGCGGGGCUUCCCGAGACGGAAGGGGCCGCCAGCAUCCUCGUGAAGACACUCCAGCGGAACCUCAGCGACAAGGUGCGGGCUGCGGCGGUGGUGGGUGAGAGUCCCGAGAAGGCCGACUCUGAGCCACCAGCUUCGGCGUCGGCGUCGGCGUCACCGACCUGCCACGAGUUUGUGCUGGAUCUGACGCCCGGGUCGACACCCACGACGGCGACGAUGGACGACAUACUCCGCUCAGAUCCGCCGAAACCGGUGCAGUAUCUGAAUGGGCAGCCCAAGACGUACGUGUGUCCGGUCCCGCAGUGUUUCAAGGCAUACCUGAACCCGAACGGCCUGCGGUACCACAUCGAGCACGGCCAGUGCUCCGACGCGCACGGCGCUGUGUGCCCCCCCGCGCUGACCGCGCCCUACCGCCGCGAGUACCUCGCCGCGCACGGCUCCCCCUCGUCGGCGGCUGCUGCAGGGAGACUGCGCGCGGGGAGCAGCAAGCGCGGGCGCGGGCGGUAUGAGCGGACGCCUGUGCGCCAGUCCCCACGCUUCGGCAAGUUUCGCAACGGGUUUGCGGUGGAGAUGGAGCUGGUCCGGGCGGUGGAGGCGGUUCGGGCUGCCGAGGUAGACGCGGGUUCGCAGUCGGAUUCGGAUUCGGAUUCUGAGAUGGGGACGGGCUGAGUCUCGUGUGGGGGAGACGACGGUUGCUCAAAAGUAUUACCAUAAUUUGCUUGACAUACUUACACACAAUGAAUGCCAAUUGUCGAGGCUCAUCUAA